CUUGCGUGUGCAUGUAAAACAGAUCUGUAGGUCAUUGGUAGGUCAUUUCGUGAGCAGAUGAUAACAACUAGUUGCUAAUAAAUUACUCAUCAAUUACUCUUCUUCCUUAACGAAAGUUUGUUAUAAUAUGUCAGUUAAAACAAGUUACAACUCAAAAUAAUUACAAAUCAUCUGUCGUUCCAAUCAUUUUAAAGUUAUUUGACAAAAUUUCAACAUUCCAUGACAUUAAAUAACAAGUAAUAGCUGGUUUCUACAGAAAAAUUGCUCAAAAGUGAUACGUUUACUGUGCCAUUUGUGCAGUAAUUGUAGUGGGCACACAAUGAGGCGAUCGAGAACCGAUCAAAAGUCAGGAUCAUGGAGUCACAUGGAGAUUGAUUUAACAAAUAAAAAUUUACAAAGAAUAAAAAAUUCAUCAUGUAGACGAAUUCGUUAUCGAUCAAAUUCAUUUAAUUCAUUUGUUUGUCAACAAAGUGAACAAAUGGCUGGGACAAUACAAUUAUUUUAUUUGUAUGAAGAUAAAAAUUCAAAAAAUAUGUGCAAUCUUGAUAAUUCAAAAGAAGACGUAAAGAAAUCACAAACAGUUGAAAGAAUAGUCGAUGAAAUUCACCUUAGUUUUAUAGAUCAUCCAGUUGGACAUGUAAAGAUUAAAAAUUUAAAUAAUUGGGAUUUUAACAUUUUUCAUUUGAAACGAAUAACUUCUAAUUAUACCAUUCGUGAUAUUGGUUUACAAAUAAUGAAUGAAUAUGAUUUAUUCCAUAAAUUAAAAUUGAACUAUUUCAUGAUGGCUAGAAUAUUCAGCUCUAUAGAAGCAGCUUAUCACAACUUCAAUCCGUAUCAUACAGCGUUGCAUGCAGCCGAUGUACUACAAGCAAUGCAUUGUUUUAUAUCACAAAGUCAACUUCUGACCAUUUUAAGUCCGACAGAAAUUUUUGCUAGUCUAUUGGCAGCCGCUUUACAUGAUGCUGAUCAUCCCGGUGUAAAUCAAUCCUAUUUAGAGAAGACAGGUGAUUUUUUAGUUGAUUUAUAUAAAUCGGUUUCUGUAUUGGAAAAACAUCAUGCAAAAUUUGGUUUAUGCAUUCUUCAAGAAAAUGGAUUAUCUAAUGCAUUAGAAUUAAAAGAUUGGGAAUUCAUGCGUGACUGUUUUUUAAAAUUAAUUCCAGCUACUGAUAUUACAUAUCAAGGAGUAUAUCAAAAACAAUUUAAAGAUUUAACAAACUAUCAUAUGGCUAAUCCAUCAUUAUCAUAUACGAUAUCUGAUCGCCUGUUAAUCAUGCAAAUGGCCUUAAAAUGUUCAGAUAUAAGUAAUCCUUGUCGAAUUUGGCCAAUAUGUAAAGAAUGGGCAAUACGUGUUUGUUGUGAAUUAUUUUGUCAAGGUGAUAGAGAACGUUUUCAAUGGUCAUUACAGCCUAUACCAACAAUGGAUCGCACAAAAUUUACUUUAGCAAGAGUACAAAUUGGAUUUAUUAGAGAUAUGGUGAAGCCAUUAUUAACUGGAUGGCAUGAAUUUUUUCAAAAUAAUCUUACAUUGAAAAUUUUACAAAAUUUAGAUGAGAAUUUAAAAAAUUGGCUAAAUGAUUUAUCUUCUACAUCAUCAUCAGGUAUAACAAAUUAUGUUAAUCGUCAUAAUUCAUUAGACAGUCAACUGACAUCAACAUUACCACUUAGUUACAAUAAUAAUCAAUCUAUUUCAACAAUUCAUCAUUUAGAUCAAAUUAAACAAAAAACUAUUAAAUCAGAGAAAUUUGAUCAAAAAAAUAAAAUUGAUUUACAAAAACCUUUUAUAGGAUCAAUUCAUUUAACUAAUUCACCAAUUCAAGAAAUCGAUACAAUGAAUACAUGUGAAUCAUUUGAUUCUAAUAAUAGUAAUAAUAAUAAUUUACAUUCAGGAAAAUUACAUCAAACAAUAUUUAUUACAACACGUGUUAUUCGUCGACAUUCAUUACCGGAAACUCAAUUAGCUAUUAGAAAAACAUUUAAUUUUUCAUUAUCAAAUAAAUCAAGUACUGUUGUUCUAUUAAAAAAUGAUACACAAAAUAUGUUAUCAUUUCAUUCAAGAAAUAAUCAUAUUAAUAUACCAAUUGGUAAGAUUAAACCUCAAUCAUCUACUAUUAAAUCGUCAUCAUCAUCAGCAGCAUCAUCUACAUGUACAGUAUCUGCAAAUAUAUUACAUAUGUUAUAUGAAGAAUUAAAAAAUAAUAAAUCAAAUUAUUUAUCAUCUAAAAUUGAUUUAAAAUCAAUACCAAAUACAAUACGUUGUAAAGAUAAUAAAUUAUUAGAACAAAAAGUGUUAGAUUUAAAUUAUGAUCGUACAGUUUUACGAUUUUCUGCACUUGCUCAUCGUCGUAGUAGUGCACCAAUUACAGAACAUUAGAAUUUAC